AUGACCAAUAUCUUGGAAUCACUCUUCUCUUUGAAGGGCAGCAAGGCUGUUGUUACUGGCGGGACGAGAGGCAUCGGUCAGGCUAUGGCUUUAUCCCUUGCAGAAGCAGGUGCAGAUAUCAUUUUGGUUCAGAGAGAUGAAAUAAACCUCGAGACGAAGACGUCGAUCGAGCAGCUUGGUCGACAAGUUUUCGUUUACACAGCAGACUUGAGCAAUCAAGAACAAGUUGAGAAAUUGAGCAAACGCAUCCUCGCCGACGGCCACGAUGUUAGUAUCUUGGUGACCUGCGCUGGAAUACAACGACGACAUCCAGCGCAUCAAUUCCCUAUGAGCGACUGGGAUGAAGUUCUCCAAGUCAACCUCCGAACAGUCUGGACUUUAUGCCGCGACCUGGGCUCAUAUAUGUUGACCCGCAAGCCUGACGCAAGCGGCCAUCGCGGAAGCAUCAUCAACGUCGCGUCACUCGUCAGCUUUCAAGGCGGUCUUACAGUCCCAGCGUAUGCAGCAGCGAAGGGCGGGAUCGCACAGCUUACGAAGGCUUUGAGUAACGAGUGGGCGAGUCAAGGUGUUAAUGUCAAUGCUAUUGCGCCGGGAUACGUUGCUACGGAUAUGAAUGAGGCUUUGAUCAAUGAUGAAAAGAGGGCUGAGAGUAUUCUUUCGAGAAUUCCGGCGGGGAGAUGGGGAUGUCCUGAGGACUUCAAGGGAGUCACAGUCUUUCUGGCGGGAAGAGGAAGCUUGUACGUUUCCGGAGAGUUAGUUACGGUUGAUGGCGGAUGGAUGGGACGAUAA